AUGACUCCAGUAUCGUAUGCCGAUUACCCUCCAGAACUAUCUCCUCAAGAGGAACAAUACCUGUUAUCGAACCUCAAGGACUGGUCAAUAGCCCAUGGCUUGGCAGUACGCCCAGCUCCGUCGUUUGUCCGGCCAUCGCAGGAUCCUUCGGGUGUGCUUGCAAGCACGGCGCCGGUCACGUUGUUUCCAAGUCUCUUUCCACGUUCUUGUUUUGAGCAAGGACUUUCUAUACAAAAGGCUUAUAACGAACUUUAUGCAGCAAUCGCAAGAGACGAGGCAUGGCUAAAGAGCAUUGUUGAGGAGCUUGUGGGUGUUGACGACUUUGUUGCAAAGCUCUGGCAGACGCAUCUCGAAGUUAAAAAGGACGGCUAUGUCCAAGACCUCUCCCUGGGUCUAUUCCGCUCAGACUACAUGGUUCACCAAGAUCCCUCGCCGACCCAUCUGUCGUCUGGAUUGAAGCAGGUUGAGUUCAACACUAUUGCCUCUUCGUUCGGAGGACUGUCCGCCCAGGUCUCGGCGUUGCACAAGUUCUUACUCACUAUUGACGCUUAUCCCAAGUCAACAUCAUCUAUCAUCAAGGAAGCCGCUCUGGAAGUGAGCAAAUCUGCUUCAUCCCUUGCGAAAGGUCUCGCCGCAGCUCACAAGGCAUACGGAACAUCGCGCACUGGCCACCCUAUGUGUGUACUAUUUGUCGUGCAAGACCCAGAGAGGAACGUCUUCGAUCAAAGACACCUCGAAUACGCCCUGCUGGAGAACGGAGUCCGUUCGUUCCGAUUACCGUUCGGCGAGACAUUGUCGCACACCCAACUUGACGCUGAUCGUACACUGAUCUACACACCACCCAACUCGUCUUCAACACCUUACGAGAUUACAACGAUCUACUUUCGGGCGGGCUACUCUCCGGAUGAUUACCCGAAGGGCGAAGACUGGACGGCCCGGCUUCAGCUCGAGAAAAGCCGCGCUAUCAAGUGUCCGAGCAUUCUGACCCACCUCGCGGGCUGCAAAAAGGUUCAACAAGUACUCGCAACACCGCACUCGCCACACCUGAAGCGCUUCCUUCCCGAUGAUCAGGUGGCUUCUCGAGUGCUCGAGACCUUUGCACCCAUUUACCCGCUAGAUGAUAGUGAGGCUGGCAGAGAAGCAAGGAAGCUCGCAACCAAUGCCUCUUCAGCCACCAAGUACGUGCUGAAGCCCCAACGCGAGGGAGGUGGUAACAAUGUCUAUCGGAAAGCCAUUCCCCCAUUCUUGCAGAAGCUCCCCGAGACGCAUUGGCCAGCAUACAUCCUGAUGGAGAUGAUCGAGCCGCCUCCACUACAAAACGCCAUUCUCCGGAAUGGGGAAAUACAAAAGGGUGGCGUCAUCUGCGAACUUGGUGUGUAUGGCGUCUGCCUUUGGAGGGACGGAGGCGGAGACGAGAAUAGGGGUAAGAUACUGGAGAACUGGGAGGCAGGCUACCUUCUCCGCACCAAAGGCGAUCAGAGCGAAGAGGGAGGUGUAGCUGCGGGAUUCGGAGCAGUUGACAGCUGUUGCUUGGUCGGUUGA